AUGUUCGCAAAAUCCAACGAUUCGUCAGAAAAAGUUUCUAUUACCGAUUUAGAGGUAAUUAAGGAUCCAGUCGAUUCUAAGAAUCAUGACAACCUCGCUCGUAAUUUUAAGGAACGACAUGUUUCGAUGCUAACUCUUGCACUGGCCAUAGGUACAGGAUUAAUAAUUGGAUCUGGAACUGCACUUAAACGAGGAGGAACAAUUAGCAUCUUUCUAGCAUAUUGCUUUACCGGCAGCUUAUUGUUGGUAGUUCUAUUCUCCUUAGCGGAAAUGGCUAGUUUCUUACCAAUGCAAAAAGGAUUUAGUGGUUAUUGUACAAAGUAUGUUGACCCUGCAAUUGGCUUUGCAGCCGGUUGGAACUAUUUCUUCAAAUAUGCUAUAGUAUUAUCGGCUAAUUUGACAGCCGCAGGUUUAGUUAUCCAGUUCUGGAGAGAUGACUUAAAUGUUGCAAUUUGGAUAUCUGUACUAUAUGUAUUGGUUAUUGCAAGCAAUUAUUUCAGUGUCCGUGUUUACGGCGAAAUAGAAUAUUGGUUGGCAGCAAGUAAGUUGCUAGUUUUAAUUAUAAUUUUUAUUGUUUGUAUUGUGAUAACAUGUGGGGGGACACCAAAUCAUGAAACAAUCGGAUUUCGAUUCUGGAGAGAAACCGGGUUUUUACCUUAUCUAGUGGAUGGUAAAAAAGGACAAUUUCUUGGUUGGUGGGCAUGUGUUAUCCAGUCCAUAUUUGGAUUUGUGGGAUCUGAGAUGGUUGGUAUAAUUUUUGGCGAAGCGCCAAACCCAAAGAAAACAAUUCCUAAAGCAUCGAGGCAAGUUAUUUUCAGGAUUUGCUUCUUUUACAUUUUUGGUGUCUUUUUAUUGGGUUUGGCAGUUUCUCCAAAAAAUCCGUUAUUAGUGAAUGCUAAUGGCACUAAUGCUAAUGCAUCUCCAUAUGUUAUUGCUAUCAAGUCAUCCGGUAUAAAGGUGCUACCUUCAUUUAUUAAUGCCUGUUUAUUAAUAUUCAUCUCAAGCUCUGCCAAUACUGAUCUUUAUAUCUGUUCGCGUCAGAUAUAUGGAUUAGCUAAGGAUGGUGCAGCACCAAAAAUUUUCUUAAAAUUGAAUCGCUUCGAUGUACCGUUCAUCGGAUGCUCCUUUGCUGCCCUUUUUGGAUUGUUGGCUUAUAUGAAUACUAAAGAAUCGGCAGCUGAAGUUUUCGGUUACAUCACUAGCACUGUUUCGGUUUUCGGGAUCAUAAAUUGGAUCUAUAUUUUGGUUGCAUAUAUUGGAUACCAGAGAUCUAUAAAAGCGCAAAACAUUAGCCGUGAAGAAAUUCCAUUUCGUAUGUGGUUUCAACCAUAUACAUCUUAUGUUGCUCUUUUUCUAAUUGCAAUUGUCACCAUCUUCAAUGGUUAUAGUGCAUUCAUUACAUCAUUUCAUUAUAAACUCUUCAUUACUUCAUAUAUUGGAAUAGCGGUCAACAUUUUUCUAAUAUUAGGGUAUAAAGUUUUUUAUAAAACGAAGCUAAUUCAUCCGUUAGAGGUCGAUUUGAAUAAUCCUUAUUAG